AUGGCGUCUACUUCUCUCUCCUCAAUACCCCCCGACCAAACCGUCAUCAAGCUCCCUCACCCCUAUCACACCGAAUACACCAUCCAGGAGGCGGGCAAGAAGGAUGAAGUCGCACGCUAUCACCUGAACCUCAAGCCCAGCGCCUCCUCAGGGAAGAAGCCUCCCUUUGAGCUUCACACGUCCAAGGCCGCCUUCACCGAGCCGGCUGACCUCAAAUCAAGCGAGCUGCCGCCUCACUCCAACAACAGCGCCUGGGCACGCGCCAGACGGUCGCCAUGCGCAACCAUCUCGUGGGACGCCGCCACCGACCGCCCUACGCUGGCGCAGGCGUGGUUGAUUCUUUACGUGCUCUUCACGACGCGGCCCUCCAUGGAGACGCUCAGGCUUGAGCUGACAGGUGCCAACGCCAUUGUCCUCGGACAGCAGCUGAAGGACGUUGCUCUCGCCAUUGACCACCCGCUUCGCCCCCAGGAGCAGCCAAAGCCAUCCACGACCACAGACAACAUCACCGUCUUGGCCAUGAGGGCUACCUUCUGGCAGGGCGCGGGAUCUCCUUUUGGGCCCCGGCCGGUGUGGUGCCCUGAGGAGUCGCCCGUUUCACUGCCCUCAUCAACCCCCCUGAGCUCGUAUCCUCUCACGCCUCUCCAGCACACAAUGACGAUUACUUCAGCCGGCGACCCCCAGGAUCCGGACCGCCGCCAGCAGACGUGGCAUCCGAUUCGACCGGCCAAGCCAGCGCCCGGUGCCGUCAUCUACAGCCGAUGGAUCCCCCAUCUGCAGGAGACGUUCUCCAUGGUGUCGCUCGACUGGCAGGAUGCUGAGCACCUCAAGCUCUUCCACGAGUGGCAAAACGACCCUCGUGUGUCGCAGGGCUGGAACGAGACGGGCACGCUGGAGCAGCACCGCGAGUAUCUGCGAAAGAUGCACGUUGAUCCUCACCAGGUGGCCGUGUUGGCCAAGUGGGAUGACACGUACUUUGCCUACUUUGAGAUUUACUGGGCCAAGGAGGACCGCCUGGGCAGCUACUACGACGCCGGCGACUUUGACCGCGGCCGCCACUCCCUCGUCGGCGACGUCCGCUUCCGCGGGCCGCAUCGCGUGUCUGCCUGGUGGAGCAGCCUGAUGCAUUACCUGUAUCUCGACGAUCCCCGGACCAUGUACGUCGUGGGCGAGCCCAAGGACAGCAACUCAACGGUCGUCAUGUACGACCUGAUCCACGGCUUUGGGCUGGACAAGUUUGUCGACUUGCCGCACAAGCGGAGCGCGUUUGUGCGCUGCCACAGGGAGCGCUUCUUCCAGCUGUGUCCGCUGGGGGAUAACGAGAAGGCGGUUGGGGGGAUGAGGAUUGGGUUGGUUCCCAAGCUGUAG